AUGGCUGAGCGAAUGGCGUCUAAUGGGGCGACUCCCAAACGCACAGUGUUCCUUAGCAUACCGCCAGAGCUUCAUCUCCAGAUAUUGGAACUCUUGGAUGUGACUUCACUUGUGCAUCUGGGCCUUGCACUGGGAAAAGGGCAUGACUUGAUUCACAACGAGAUUCAAAACAGAGCCAAAAUAGAAGCCCUCCCGUCUCAGGAAAUGUAUGACAGGCGAAUGUCGCUGAGAGAGAUUAGUCGCCCAGAGGCUGACUGGAGGAAAUUCUUCCGUGAACCGCUUGCAGAAGCUGUUUGCACCGGCCAAUACGAGAUUGUCAGAUUCUUCCUAGAAGCCAGGGUAAGUGCCAACUCAAUCAAUCUGGACGCAGUUCCAAUGCUGCAUCUCUCUAUCAGAGAGUGCCAAUAUCACGUCACGGAGCUGUUGCUACAGUACGGUGCCGACUCAAAUGUUGUUUGCGCCACGACAGGGCAGAUGGCGUUGGACUACGCGGUCGGUGGGCCCAAUGUUCCGCCUACUCAGCUUCUUGAGCUGCUCCUCAAUGCCGGGGCCAGAUUUAUCCACGACUUUACCUUCAGUAUUUGCUGUACCCAAACUUGGGGGACGGCGUUUUUCCGACUGGCAGUCAAGAAUGGGACGGAGAUCUUGCCGGAGACUACUGAUUGGUAUCCCAGACUGCAGGCUGCGUAUAGACUCGCAAGUAUGGAGAUGUUGGAUUGCCUCUUUGAUUUGGCACCGAAGAUUUUGACUGCCCGUCACCAUGGGCGAUCUGCGCUCGACAUGGCUCUGGCGCUUGGAAGGGAAGACGUUGCGGUUUCUCUUGUUCGGAGAGGCAUACCUUUACAGGAUAGCGCAGAGAAGCAGAUAGUAAAGGCUAUGCAGUAUGGACAAACGAAACUCGUCCGGGAACUGUUGGAUCAUGCGCACGUGAUAGAGAAAUGCCCGCAGUGGAAAUGUGCUGCCAUUCCCGAACUGUCGGAGACGUAUAAGCGGAAGGCACCAGUGAUGACCUGCAGUAGGCAGCAUUGGCUAAAAAUGAUUUCAUAG